UAUUCUGCGGAACUUUUCGCCAUCCUGUAGUCCUCAUUUUGCUGUCUAUUUUGCCGGCCAGUGUGAAUAGAGCAGGAGACGAGAGAGAUGUUGGAGGGAAUAUUCUCAGACGUGUCUAGGAUGAACAAACGUCAAAAAUUCUAUCAGGCCCUCAAUUUCGGGAUGAUUGUCUCGUCUGCCCUCAUGAUCUGGAAGGGGCUGAUGGUUGUCACGGGCAGCGAGAGUCCAAUUGUCGUCGUGCUCAGUGGUAGUAUGGAGCCAGCAUUCUAUCGAGGUGACCUGCUUUUCCUGACAAACAACCGUGAGGACCCAGUCCAGGCCGGAGAGAUACUCGUUUUCAAGGUUAAGGAAAGGGACAUCCCCAUCGUGCAUCGCGUCAUUAAAGUCCAUGAAAGUGCUGAUGGAGAAGUGAAGAUUCUGACAAAGGGAGACAAUAAUGCUGGUGACGACAGGGCCGGCAUGAUUUAUGCCCCCCAUCAGAAUUGGGUGACAAAGAGUGAAAUCAUCGGACGUGCCAGAGGGCGCUCUCUCUGUUAUAAUAUGCAGUUAUCUCCCAUUUGUUGGGAUGGUGACUAUACUGAUGAAUGACUAUCCCAUGCUCAAGUAUGUACUGCUGGGAGGUCUGGCAGUGUUUGUGCUACUCCAUCGAGAAUAGAGUAUACACCAGAUGUGCCAUCCCAUCACCACAUGCCACUGUCGCUCUAGAUCCCUACUCAACUUGUAAAGACUAGUCACUAAAAAAUCAGCUAUUUUUCAAACCAAA